AUGAGGUUCUCAUCCGUCGACAUCGCCACCUGUAGCUUCCUGCAAUGCCACGCGCUAUUUGCCUUCCAGACCCAGCUCGACCCAUCGCAGCUAGAGGAAGCCUUCCGGCAACUCCUGCAGGCGUGGCCAGAGCUCCGAGCCCGCGUCAACCUGCAGCGGACCGGGUCCUGCCCCUCGAAGAACACGGCGGGACAUUGGCAGUCGCGGGUGAUAGACGCACCGCUACAGGACUGUAUUUCCCUCGACCAGAUGACGAAGCAGGAGCUAGACGCAUCCGAACAAGCGCGCUUGGAGGAUCUCUUUCGAUUCGGCUGGUCGCUCCGCUCGGUGUUGUUCCCGCCGGUUCUGAAUCGCGAUCUAGGCCUCUACCGGAUCAUCGCCGCGUACACCGCGAUCCUGCGGGGCGAGACCAUCGAGCCAGUUGUGGACGAACAGCGACUGAACAAGAUCGUAUUCAAGCGCCCCGAGGAGACGAACACGAAUUAUUCGCAGGUUGGCCGACUGCACGAGUCAACAACCCAGCAGUGGGCCACCGGCUGGCUCGGCAAUAUCAUUUUCGCGCUCUGGCACUGGCUGGUCCGUGCCACCGGUGCAUACAAGCAUCGUGCGCGGCGCGCCAUGCACAUCCCCGGUUCGGCGGUCGAUCGCCUUCACAAUCGCGCAGCACAGCAGGGGCUCGCGGUGACGCGACACGAUCUCGUCAUGGCCAUUAUCGCGCAGGCCGCCCUGCAAGCAUACCCCCACCUGGACCCGCCAGCGAUAGCAUUCAUCUACAACUUCCGCAGACACCUCGACCAACCCGUGCAACUACAGAACACUUCUUGGCUAGUCUCGGUCCCUCUCCCGGCGCAGCCGAAUAAGCCCCUAAUCCGGGACGAUAGUGACGACGACGAGGAGGUGGAGAAGGAGGAGGACGAUCGACUCCUGACCCUAGCGUCCUGCGUCCGCGACGCCGUCCAGACAGUCCGCACCCCGGCGUGCCUGGAGCUCUUCCGCAAGGCCCACGAAGCCAUGGGGCCGUGGCGGCCCUUCCGUCCGGCCUUGCGGCACCCGAAUCACCCACAUACCCUCGUCUCGUCGUCCUCCCAGCUCCCCUGGUACAGUCUCUGCUUGGGCGGCGGACCCGAGACCAGGCCGUUCUACGCGAGCAUGGCCGUCGGUUUGGUCGAUCUCUUGGGGUUAAUUGGGUUGAGUGUUCAUGAUUGGAUCCUGACGUGUAAGGAUCGCGAGGGCCGCGGGUUUUGUCUGUAUGGGUCGUUGCAUGCGGAGCAUUGGGCGGAGUUGGGGCGGGUU